AUGUGUCAGUUUUGUGGUGUCGACCCGGCUUUUGCAGCCUAUUUCGAUGAUCCUAGCAACAACCAAGAGCAACAGCAACAACAACAGGAAGCUACUGCACCUUCAGCACCUGUAGCUGGAGACGGCAACAAUCCAGCUCCCAACUUUUUCCGCCUCAAGCCGACCAACCCGCGUUACCAGCAAGCUGGAGGUCGCAUUACCACUCAACAACUCACCACAUUUGGUUCUUCAUUAUCUCCCAAUGCUCAAGUCCUCAUGGGUCAUCAUGGUCAACCUUACACCGAUGCACUGCAACGUUGGUCUAAAUGUGCCGUGAAACACGCGUUGGCUGUUAUCAAAGUUGCUUCUGCUGAGGAUGUUCGCAAAACGAUCAUCAUGUGCCAGAGCCAUGGCUUGCCAUUUGUCGUGAAAUGUGGUGGACACUCGCCAAGUGGUCAAUCCAGCAUUGAAAACGGCAUCGUCAUCGAUCUUAGUCAGCUGAACCAAGUAUUUGUCAAGCCCGAUGAAAAGCAGAUCGUUGCAGAUGGUGGUGCAUUAGCUUCGCACGUGAUUAAAGCUGCUUCUGAGUAUGGAUUAGCAUGUGUGACGGGAUCAACGAGCCAUGUUGGUAUUGGUGGAUUAAUGCUUCAUGGUGGCUAUGGCUACUUGACAGGCGAACACGGACUUGCAGUUGACAACAUUCUCGCAGCUGAGGUUGUCACCUCCAAGGGUCAAAUUGUAUGGGCAAGCAAGGAGGAAAAUGAGGAUUUGUUUUGGUGCAUUCGAGGUGCAGGUAACAAGUUUGGUGUUGUAACCAAGUUUAUCAUCCAAGCACAUCCUGUUUCGAGCACAGUAUGGGGAGGCAGUUUGGUGUACACGGGUGAUCAAUUGGAGCAAUUAGUCGAAGCAGCAAAUACAUGGUACGCCAAACAUGAUGUCAAGGCAGCAGCAGCCAUUGCUAUUGGUAAAGGUGCUGAUGGCAAAGCUGGAUUUACGGUGCUUCCUUUCUAUGAUGGAUCCGAACAAGAUGCCUUGGCCAACUUCGAACCAUUCCUCAAACUCCAAACUGCCAUGAAGGAUGUUUCCUCUAUGCCAUAUUGGAAAAUCAAUACCUUGUGCGAUGAACCAAAUCUCUACGCCGCUAAUCCCAUCCGCUUUGCAUCGGCCAAUAUCAAGCCACCACUUUCAGUUGACCAUCUACGUGGCGCAUUGGAACGAUUGGAUUCAUUAUACACGAGCGAACCAGCAGCUAGCACCACUGGAUGCUUGAUUCUUUUGGUACAGCCUGAUGGUAUCAUGAAGCAUAGCAGAACAGAGAUGGCUUUCAGCUGGCGAGACGAUCAUUUUGAUGUUGGCGUAGCAGCUCAAUUCACUGAUCCUGCCUUGGAGGAGAAAAUGGCAAAAUGGGCACAAGACUUUGGAGCUUACUUAUCUACAGCUGGUGAUAGCUAUCGACUUUACAGCAAUCAUUCCGAUUUCUCUGGCCCUGCUGCUCGAGAGCUUGGCAUCAAUUACCUUGAAGUUAGCAAAUUGAAGCAAAAGUGGGAUCCUGAUAAUCUCUUUCCAAAACUCUAG